CGCAGAUCACUUUAGUCAGAUGCAUUUCACAAGUCAUCUGAAGAAGAACUAACUGCGGCAAAAAGCUUGUUGGGUGGUAUCUUGACAAGAAAGACUAGGCAGCACACAGACGGCAUAAAAUUUCUGCACGCGUGUCACACAGAAAGUAUGACUUGUUCUAAUCAACUAAUCAGCAUUGGCAAUUGAAAAAAUGACACGUUCGACACGACACUUUCUCUUCCUCAUGAGCGUCUCCUGUAUACAGAUGGCUGAGCUGCUGACUCAGCCUGAGUGGGACCUUUGAGAUUAACAAAGAUGAGCUGAGAUGACUUUCGCCUUAGUUAUUUGGAGAUGCAUAAUCAUACUUCUCCUCAAUUUUUCCAUCCAACGUCACCCUCUGCUCCUUGCUGGCUGCCUGCACUUCAUCACGCUCGGCAACCUGACAGUAGAGCCGGCUCUCCCCUUCCUCCUCGGCUCAAACCUGACAGUGUACUGCCACAUCCCAAAGUGUCAAGAGAGGAAGGAAUGGUCCAAAGUAUCCCUGGUGCUGGAUGAUAAGACUGUGAAAGCUGUGAAGAAAGACAACUGCACCACGGUGUUUCAUCUGCCCAAACUCCCGACGCCAAAGUCUAAAGUGUUCUGCAUUAUUGAUCAGCUGUCUAAGAUUGUCAGUGGACUGAACCUACAUGGCGGGCUGCCUCCAGAUAAACCUGUUAAUGUUACCUGUGACACAACAAGGAGCUCAGACUUUAUAGACUGCUCAUGGGAAAAGAAAGGGGAAACGCACCUUUCCACUACCUACAACAUUUCAGUCAACAGCGAAAAUGGAACCCAGAUACAUUUAGAUCAGAUCCAGGAUGAUGAAAAAAUCACCAUACCACGAGGAAUUUUAGAUAAAGACACUAAAUACCAACUGAUCAUCACUGCCUACAAUCACUUGGGAGCAUCACAGUCUGAUCCAUUCAUCUGGCAUGUAAAAGAUAUAGUGAUACCAGAGACCCCUCAUAUUAUGCAGAUAGACUUUGGGAAUAGCUCCGUAGCAGCAGUGCUGCGGUGGGAAACCACAGAAUCCUCAGUGCAUCUCAGGUCAUACAUCAGGCUCCGCACACGCAGUGGCCUCUGGGAAGUGAGACAGGGAACAAAGCUCAGUGAUGACCUGAUAAGAGUGAACGACUUGAGGCCUCUGACUGAAUAUGAGUUCCAGAUGAGAACAUGUGACUCAUCAUCAGGACUGACGCAUGCCAGCACGCCCAGCUUUGCACCAAGGGUGACCUCCCGAAAAAGGUUGCUGUGCAGCAAAUGGAGCUCAUCUAUGAUGGGGAUAAGCCCUGGAAAAGGUCCAUCUCAGCAGCUGAGUGUGUGGAGGAUGUUCAACAGCAGUGGAACAAAUAGGCUAACAGUUUUGUGGAAGCCUCCACCUCUGGGAGACUACAGUGGCGAGGUGCACCAGUACAGACUCUUUCUGACUGAUGAUCGGAAAUGGGAAGUGACCUGUCCUGCAAACAUGAGCCAGUAUGCACUUACAGUAUCAGCAGAGCUUCAGGCAGUGAGUGUCAGUGCUGUCACCUCAUAUGGGUCAUCUCCACCGGCUGAUGUGCCACUCAGAAACUCAGGUGUUUUUGGACCUGUUCUGAGACAGCUGGCCCCUGCAGCUAAUGGCAGCGCUGUGCUUGUCUCGUGGUCGUGGCCGCAGACCAGACAGGGGUCCACAUCUGAAGGAGAACUGCUGCAUUAUGUAGUAGAGUGGAUAAGUGUAACUGCAACGGAGCUGCAGUGGCAAAAACUGGCCAAAAAUCAAACCAACACAUCCGUCACAGGUCUGACUGCAGGUGUGAGGUACAACAUCUCUCUGUAUGCUGUGACCACCAGAGGUGUCAGCGCUCCAUCAUCUGUCCUGGUCUACUCCAAAGAACAGAAACCACUGUCUGGUCCCAGUAUGUCGGUGCUGAUCCAUAAGCCCAGGCAAAUCCUGAUCCUGUGGGAUGAGCUGCCUGUCAACCAUCAGAGGGGCUUCAUCACAAAUUAUACCCUCUAUGUCCAGGCACAGGACUCCAGCAAGGCAACAUUCAGUGAGACGGUGUCUGCCUCCAGCCCCAGACAGAAGUGGUUUAACUGUCCUGAAGGAACUCUGGCUUUACAGCUGACUGCAUCCAACUCAGCAGGAGAGGGGCCACGGGGGAGCUGGAUCUUCUCUCAGCCCUCAGCCCCUGCAGCUGGGCCAGUGAUUGUCAUUGCUUUAAUCAUCGCCUUCCUCAUAGUUGUCAUAGCCAACCUGAUGUGCUGGAGUUGUGUGAGGGAAAGGAUUAAACAGAAAUGCCUUUCCUGUGGACCUGCCUGGCUUGUUGAAAACUUACCGAAACCGGGAAACAGUAAUGCAAUCAGACUACUGGAGCAGGACGGAAGUGAGCCGUCCUUCUCGUCCAUCCACAGUGACCCGCCACUGUCCCCCAUUAGUUUGAUUUCCUGGGAGGAGAGGGACGACGUGUAUCCCACCAUCCGCGUCGAAGUGUCCCAGACUGGAUCAGGACGACCCGCGGUAGAAACACCUUUACUGGCAUCAGAUACCGGGACGAUGGUUGGUGAUGCCGAACUGGACCGUAUCAGCUACAGACCCCAGGUUGUUCCAUUGGCUUCACAAGGAGAGGAGACAGAGGAGGAGCAGAGGGCCAUAUCAGUGAGUGGGGAGGAGGACAAAUGUUCAAGCAUAUUUGGAGGACUAGUGGGAGGCUUGUUGUCCAGUGUGGAGGUGGAUUUCUCAGACUCAUCCCUGGGACCGACUCUCAGCUCUGUUGGCGGCCUCUUGUUCCCUAAAACACCUGAAACAACAAUUAUCUUGAAUGGAGCCUUCUUAGUGGGGAGGAGGGAGACCGAGGGCGAGGUGGCAGCAGACUCUCCCUCUGUGGAGCUACAACAGAGUGACAUCAUGACUCCUGACUUGGAAGACACUUGUUUGUUUCCAUAUACAGAUGAGAUGAAGCUGACUGCUGGUUACUUCCCUCAGGCAGCUGCUAUCAGCAGCGGUACACUCUGUGACACACCGAGUUAACCAGGACCACGUGAACGACACAAACAGAACAAUCUGCACUACUAAAAACUGACUUUCAACAAAAGCAUUACUCAGCAACCACUUCACCAAGGUGUCAGUUACUUUGUGAGAUCAGAGGGAAAUAAUGCUUCAGAUCAUCUAUAACUAUAAUCAUCUGUUAGUGAAUGAUAAAAAUGUUCACAUUGAGUUUGAUUAAAGGACAUUCUGAUAAAUGCGUAGCAGUUCCUCACUGUAGUUUUGUUGGCACCAUCUUUUCUAAAGACAAUCAGCUACAGUAACUUCACAAACGGUUUGUUAAUGUUAAAUAAAUGUUUAUUAACUGAUUACUGAAGAUCAGUGGGAUUGCCCUUGUUGUGACAAAUCCCUUUGGCUGGUGCAUCUACCUGCAGAUGGACUUCCUUUGUCUUUUUCGCCACGUUAACGAUAUGACUUUAUGGAUGACUGUGUUAACAGAUGUGAUUGUUUUCACAGAUAUUUAUGGUUCCCAAGUGAUUUUAUUGAGCCACUGACUUUUUGCUUUAGCUCCACAUGAAGGUGUCACAACAUGUGCCAGAUGGAUUGCAAUGAAAUUUGGUGCAAUAUGGUCCUCUGACUUUCCCUUUGGUACCAUUAAUUAGGUCAGUACUUUGGUUAAUGACCAAAUGCCUGAAAAGUUAAUGACAUUCCCAUAAUUUGUUAAGUACGAAUUAGCAAAUGCUAACAUGCUGAACCAAUCAUGUUAGCAUUGUCACUAGCAUUCCAUUAUAUUAGCAUUUGCACCACUGUGUCUAAGUACAGCCUCACAGAGCUGCUAGCAAGGCCAAAGACUCUGAGUCUUGUUCUUAAAUACAUAAAGAAAACCUCUUUAAUAGAUGAUUCAAACACUUCAGACCAAAAUUGUAAUUGCAGACUGAAUGAUUUGCAAGAAUCAGACAGUUAGUAGAGGUUAACAGUUAUAAAUGAAACUUAGUCUCAUGUUGGAGGAGGAUAUACAGCAGCCAAAUGGAUUUUCUACAACCUGGCAACCCAAAUGAUGUUACAACUGGUUUAUCACUGAUUUAUUAUUGAUCAUUUAUUAAUCAACCAUCAAGAAAGUCAUAGUCAUCAGUGUGCAAAUGACAGUACCAAGUCAAAAUAACUGUCUUGUAACAGGUGCCGAAAGUGUUUAUUGUAUUUCAAUAUAAGGGUGUGACCUAUUGAUGUUUCUGUUGCUAAACAUUGUGUUUUGUGUGGUGAUGUGAUGCCGAGCGUGAAAUUAUUCCAAAACAUACCCAAAUUAAAAAGUCAGUUGGGGUUUUCCCUGUUACAGUCAA